AUGGCGACUGUAUCGGUAGCUGGUUCGUACGAGCAGUACAAACUCGACACUAGCCGCUUCAUCUUCUGGCUUGUCGUCACUGCGCGCGACAACGGGUACAGGAUUGAUGACCCGGCUAUACCUCAGAAUACGACUCAACAGCAGCCUUCGAAGCGACUGAAAGGCAAAGAGAGGAAGCAAGCCAAAGAAACGGCUGCCAGCAAAGCUGCCUCUUCAACUGCAUCCUUGACCACUUCGAAGGGCAAGUACUCCAUUUCGACGGAGACGAUCCUCAAAAUGGCGAUACACAUUGCGGCGAAGAAGAUGUCCUCGACAAUGCCUAAGUUUGUUUGGUAUUCCUACAAGCGGGCUGUGAGAACACGCCAGGCGUACGCAGAACGCUAUGCCCAGGAGGAAUUAUCGGAGAGGACUUCGGACAGUGGGCACAUCUACUUUCUGUGGUUAUUGAGACACUGCCACGAGAUACUCGAGAAGAAGGUUAAAGUGCAAUCAGUUGCCAAACCUGGUACAGCCAAAUCCGCCGAUCUACGAUAUAGCAUCACGACUACGCCCAUGUCAGCGGUGACUCCCAAUCCGACGCCCGCAUCUACCCUAGAGGUUGAUAACGCCAAUCUAGAUAUAGUCGACGAGAAUGCGGCUGCUGAGGCAGAACAGGAUGCUGUGGGCAACAAGCUGGACGAGCUUGCUCGCAAGUUCGAGCUUAAUCUGGAGACGGAGAGUAAAGAAGAUAUAGACACAAAGCGCAACGUAGAGUCGAAAGCUGGGACUAAAGAAGAGUUGGCUUUGAGAAAAUCUUGUCUGGUGGACGAUAUGCGCAAGGCCGUCAUCCAGUUGGAGCAUGACUGGGAGGAUACAUACAAGGAUACUGACGCUGAUCGCUAUCUGGACGAAAUUCGAGCUACGCUCAUGACAGAAGCCGCAUUCGACCUUGUACGUCACAAGGAGGAGGUUUUGGUCAAAGAGGCUAACGAGAAGGGUUUAACGGCGUUCGACCCCUCUCUCAAUACGGACGAGUUUUUCGGCAAAACCGCGAGGUCGCUCGAAAGAAUCGAAUUGGAACGGAGAAAAUCCACCUCACGUUACUUGUUUCUAGCACCAUGCCUGAGUGAUCAGGAUGUUUCCACACAGCGGUAUUCUGAAGAUCAUGAGUUCCUCGUCCAUUAUCUACAUGAAUCAGGAUUAGAACAUGAUGUCAGAAAGCGACACGAAAAGGGCUUCAAGAUGCCAAUAUUGGAUGGGGCAUUCGAUGCGCUUUCCCGAAUCUACGGCUCCCUAGGCACUUGGGAACAUGUUUCAAUGACCACUACAUUUGCCGCUGAAGCGGUCAUACGAAUCCGAUCGAACGAUAAAACCCAUUUAUUGAAGCAUUAUAUGCCAAUGCAAAUUAGGGCAGUGGAAGAGGAAAAACAGUUCGCAUCCUGGCAAAAUCAAGAUAUAAAAUUCGAUAGGAACAGCUGGCAAGUCACAGAAUCAGCACGUACACAUCGAUCCUUCAUCAUAGGUCGACCGUUCUCUCCCAUGCGAUACGUCGAGAUGCGACUGUUGAAGUCUACGCACCCGCUCUACGGCUUACAGUACGACUAUCCGAAGCCAGCUUUUACAAGUAAAGAAGCUCGAAAUGAGCUCAUGGAACGUCUCGAGAACCAAGGUAUCGAGGAUAACGCUGGAAAUACGGUUGUGCGCCAAGCGUUUGCAGCUCACUAUAUACUUCCACCGAAAGAUGGCGACUUCCUGCGGAGGACGAUUCCGACACUAAGAGCAAAGCUUUCCUUGACUCAGCUUCUAUUGCGCGAAGAAAUGGGACUUGGUUUCGCGAACGCUAGUCCGCAAAUAUUUGCUCUUUGUCACUUGUACAAUUGCUUUCGUAAGCGGGGCUUGAUCACCGGCACUUGGUCAAAGAUCGAGCAGAUGAUGGAGUGGCACCUGGAAGAGAUCUUUCUCAAUGAAGUGCCCACCAAGCCUAACGAGUUCUACUCGCGGCUACUCCUUGCGACAGGCUAUUCUUCCAAGGUAAUAAAGAAAGUUCGGAACCUGAAAGAGAACCCUGACCGAUACAUCGAUUUCGGAAAACCCACCAACAAGACGAGCGAGUUGAAACCACUUCCGAUGACAAGGAUACUCCGUGAUUAUAUCCAUGAGAGGGAGAAGGGAGUGCAGAUCUGGCAUCGUAUGAAUAAGGAGAUGACCAAGAACUCAGGAAACUCUUUGCUGAAGCAAGAUACUAGCAACCUGGACAUGUUGUCGUUCAUUAAGGAGAUGCGUAACUCUAAACAACUCCUUCAAGUUUUUCCCCGCCUAGAGUUUGACUACAUCAGCCUAACGCUGCAGUGCAACGAGCUUUGUCACAAGAUCGAUGUUGGACAAGAGAAGGUUUUUGGGAAUAGGACAGCACAGGACGAGGCUCAUUGGAAGUCACCUACUCAGCAUGGUUUCUCAAUUGUUUCAACGCUUCUCGGAGAUCUCGACCGCAUAUUUCUUUUGAAAGAAAAUGGGCGCAAGCAGGAUAAGGGCAUCGCGGAUACGACGCCCGUCGUCGACGUAGCGGUUCGGGUCAUGCAAGAAUUUAUUGAUGGACUGAAUGACUAG